GUGUGAGGCGGUCUCUCUGUCUCUCCCUCUCUCUGUCUCUCUCUCUCUCUCUCUCUCCCUCUCUCUCAGUCUGGGCUCUCGCGGAUCAGGAUUUUCUCACCAAAAGUACACAGACCUCAGAGCCGCGGGCAUUCACUCUCUGAAAGGACGUGGCUUGGAUUAUUACCACAUAAAAAAAGGGAGAAAAAAAAAACGCACGCCGUCACAGAAUCCGCUGAAGUUUCAUUUAUAUCUCAACUAUAAUGAGUCUCACGCGGAGAAAUGGAGCGCACCGUUUGUAGUUUAUUUUAACCAUCGAAGGACACAUCCUAAACAGCUCUCGUUUUGUUUGCUUUCAUGGUGAAUCGGUCUAUCAGGAUGAACUUGCAGUGGGGCAGCCCGGCACCCUGCAUCCGCGCCGUGAGAGUCGCGCACAAGCGGCUGGACUCCGACGAUCAGCCGCCGGCGAAAUGCGCCAGGCUGAGCGCCGAGGCGGGGGACACGCAGGGACUCCUCGGCACCUCUCCUGGCUCCCCGGUCAGCCCCGUCUCAAACCCUCCCCCGGCGACCCACCAGGGACCGUCCAGGAUAGGACCGUUUCUGCUUCUACCUCUGGCGGACCGGGAGAGCAUGCACAGCGCGAUGAACACCGACACUGGAGAUGAGCUACUGUGCAAGGUCUUUGAUAUGGGGGUAUACCAGGAAAAGAUCAGAGCCUACGGGAUCCUGCCUGCCCACAAGAAUGUGGCCAGCAUCAGGGACAUCAUCCUCGGCGAAUGCAAGGCCUACGUGUUCCUUGACAAAGACUUUGGGGACAUGCACACCUUGGUGAAGAGCUGUCGCAGGCUGGAGGAGGAGCACGCCUGCAGGCUCUUCCGUCAGGUGGCUCUGGCUGUGGCGCACUGUCAUCAGGCUGGGAUCGUGCUGGGCGACCUCAAACUGCGCAAGUUCGUCUUCACUGAUGAGAAAAGGACACAGGUGAGACUAGAAAGCCUCGAGGACUGUCGCGUCCUGGAAGACCCAAACGACGACUCAAUGUCGGACACCCACGGUUGCCCUGCUUACGUCAGCCCAGAGAUCCUCAGCGGCUCUGCUCCUUACUCGGGCAAGAUGGCUGACAUGUGGAGCCUGGGGGUAAUGCUGUACACCAUGAUGGUUGGCCGUUACCCGUUCCACGACCCAGACCCGGCCACGCUGUUCUCCAAAAUCCGCAGAGGCCAGUGCUGUUUGCCAGAGGGCUUGUCGCCCAAGGCCAAGUGUCUGCUCCAGAGCCUGCUGAGGAAAGAACCCUGGGAGAGACUCACGGCGACUGAGCUGCUCGCUCACCCAUGGUUCCACCAGCCGCCGUCGUCGCAGGAAGCGGCGCUGGGUGAACAGGAAGUGAACUCGGCAGAACAGAUGGUGCCUUCCUUUGACGUGGAAGAGGACGAUAAUCUGUUCUGCUGACGGACUUGAUUCAGCUAAGACUGGCUGAGGGACCAAAACAAAAAAUUGCCAUGAGGGAUUCAUUGUUGUUUUUUUUACAUUGGCACUUUUUAGAAACUCAUUUGUCUACUGUUGUGUGUACAUACACCCUCAAGCUUUCUACAAAAACUUACUGUACUGUAUUUUGUUGUCGUAUAUGUGUUACUUGCUAAGGGCAUUGCUCACAAUGAUCAUUCAUUGUGUUUCUAUAUGUGCGAUUUUGAAAUUAUUUGGUGCUAAAAGAAAUAACAAGGACCCGAAACUUGCCAGAUUAUGUUAACAAAAUAAUCUCUGCAGGCUACUACGAGUGAAUCACAGAAAUUUAACUCGUGGCAAACAGUAGUCACCAAUGCUUGCUCUCAGCCUGGACUCAUGAGGCUUCAGAAAGCAUUAGAUGAAUCCUGAAUGGGAAGCGAGGAGACCAGGAUGUUGUUCCUCUCACUCUCUGACCAGGCUGGAGGCUUCACCGGCUGAGUCACCGACCGGCUCAAAGAGGACCUAGCACAAGCUCGACGUCUCGCAGCAGGCAGUGACAUAGAGUGAGAAAGAUGCUUAGCAGAGGACUGAUGUGUCACACUCAGCAGGACGAUACGAAGGUGUCACACUGCCAAUCUGGCAACAUCUCAGCAAGUGGAGAGCAUUUACAAAUCUCGCACCAUGCGCAGAAGGUUGAGAAAGGCAGGGUGUUACUGGUGUAAGACUCACAGAAAAGUGGGACGACUUCGUCACACACACACGCACUCAAAAAUAAGCAGUGGCACAGGGCCAACAGUUAAAAUUAAAUCAUUAUCUUUUUUAAAAGCAUGCUAAAAGCCGAAUAUUUCAUAGGAAAAGGUUGCUUCCAAAGAGGAAGUGUUUUAUAACAGGGUCGGACCUUGCAAAUUUGACUCUUCUGAAAUGCAGGGUGCGCAAUUAGCCACACUGAAACCUAACACUAAUGCUUCUGGUUUAAAAAUCAGUCACCCGCCUCAGCAGCAACAGAGGUAGGAGAUAGCUAUUUCUUCAGUCUGAAGGUGUGCUACAGUGAUAAAAUACACAGAACUCAAAUGGUACUUCCCACCAAUGCAAUACACAUUUUCUCUCAGUCCAACGAUGCUUGUAUUUUUUUUAAAGAAAUGUUGUCAAAUAUCCAGUUAAGGAGAGAAAGACAUUACAGGAAAAAUGAAGACUUUCUCAGUUGAGCAGUUGAACCUGUUCUGUUCAUUUGUGUCGGAACAUUAUGUCAAGCUGUGUUGCUUUAACAAAAGCUGAGCUGUGCCGAGUGUUGUGCCCGUAUCACUGUGUUUCAUAAACUGAACGGCUCUGAAUCAGUCACAGUCAGGCAAUGUUUGAUGUUGGUUGUCUGAUGAUGACUCAACACUUGAGCGCGUCUGUAGAGAAUGGUCCUGACCUUGGCUGGAAGAAUCUGUUCUGACUGUUUCACCUCUUUAAUGGUACUUUUUUUUUUGUUGUUGUUGCCGUUGAAAGCUGUGGAUCCAGACUUGUCAUCAUAGUUAGUGACAUGAUGUACCACUUUCUAAAAGAUCUUUUUUAUCUUGGAUUGUGACAGGCGGAUGCAGUAUUUCAGUGACGUCUAGCCUUACAGGCUACUGUAGGUCUGCAGCCAGCUAUUUUGUUCUGGUACAAUAACUUUGACAAUGGUACUAAAUCUGGCAUAUCUGAGAAGCGCUGUGCAUUUAAUGUGUGGGUCAAGCAGGAGGCUAAUAAAACGUAUGUUGCAGCAUUAUUUUCUCUCAUCUGCUAAGAUGGGAACAGACUUGUGACAAUCUGGGUUGUUCCUUGCAGGAAAGUAAUUUAAGAGAUUUAUGAUUUUGUUCGGUUUAUACAUGUAGAGUGAGUCACACGUUCAUGUGACAUGUAGAGUAAACUGACACGGGUGCACAAACUUCAUAUUGCACUGUGAAUUAUGUAUUUGUGACACAACCUAGAGGCUUUUAUUGCUCCAGACAGGUUACACACAAGAGUUAUAUUCAUUGUAAAAAAGAUGUAAAUAUGUAUAUUUGAAAUAUGUGUGGAGAUGUUGA